UGGGCGGGGUUUGGUUGGAGGCAAAAACCCUGAGAGGAGCUGUGUCUGUGUCUCUGUCUGUCUGUCUGUCGUUGUUUGCAGUUAAAACCAAGGAGCUCAACUUUAACCUGUUCUUAACUUGUAAAAGAACCGAAACAAACAGCAACAAUGGAGGGAGGCGAAGACCAAAACACAAGCGCCACCAAUGGAAAUCCGACUCAGGCAAGUGGGAACUCCCGUGCGCCCCAGAUAGCCCACAUGUCUCUGUAUGAGAGACAGGCUGUACAGGCUCUUCAAGCUCUGCAAAGACAGCCAAAUGCAGCUCAAUACUUCCAGCAACUCAUGCUGCAGCAGCAGAUCAACAGUGCCCAACUCCAUAACUUGGCCGCAGUGCAACAGGCCACCCUUGCAGCUAGUCGCCAGUCCAACACCCUGAGUAACAGCACGUCUCAAGCACCUACUACUGUCAACCUCAGCACCACAUCUGCAGUAGGGACGAUGACCAAUCCUCGUCCCCACGGCCCGGCAACCUCUGCAACCAAUCCAGCUCUCAACCAGUCGGUGUUGCUGGGUGGAAACGCGGCAGCACAGGGACAGAUGUAUCUUAGGGUCAACCGCUCUCUCAGGGCUCCCCUUGCUCCUCAGCUCAUCUUUAUGCCUGGGGGAACAGCUACAGCUACUGUAGCCACAGUGACCCAGACACAGCCUCAGCAGCAGCAGCAACAACAACAACAACAACAACAACAACAACAACAACAACAGCAUGACGUUGCUCUUACCACUGCCCAAUCGGACCAUGAUCAGGUGCAGAACUUGGCCCUACACUGUGCCUCCACUCCCAGAGCAGUUUCUAUCAAGUCUGAGCUUCCAGAGAGGAAAGACUGUGCCAGCUUUCCUCUCGGUCAGCAGCAGCAGACUUUCUCCCAGAAUGCUCAGCAGCAGCAAGUACAACCACAACAGCAACAACAAAUGGUCAAACCCAAUUUUACUCAGCAAUCCAUUGCCAACACUAUGACUGUAAAAACUGGAAACCAGGCCAUGACUGUCACCCCUGCUGCUUCUGUAGCUCCCUCAUCCACUUCCUCAGCAGCACUCCCUCUCUCACAACUCCUCUUGUCCUCCUCUGCUGCCCCUAUGAUCUUGGUACCCACGUCAAAUGUUCCUACGUCCACUCAGGGCUACACCAUUGGCUCAGUGACCACAAAAGCCAACAUUAACACGCAGACUCUGGUGGUGCAGCCACUACAACAGACCUGCGCUACAGCAGACAAAGGGCCUGUACCUAUCCAGCCCAAGACAGCCCAGGGACACCGUUUACCUGUGCAGUUGCCUCCCAGACACCCACCUCCCAUUCUACCAGCACCACCUAGCAACAGCCAGGCCUCCACUGCAGGACACAACCAUCCCCACAUCCCCGUGCAGCUUGUGGGAGCCAGGCAGGGCAUAGCAGGAAACGCUCAGGCUGUUGCCCUGGCAAAUGCACGAAGCAGCACAGCCCAUGACAACACAGCUAGCGGGAAUGUUAACACAGCGUCCAACAACAGUGCGAUGAUGAAGCCGGCCAUUGGCUCCCUGAAGAGAAAAUCUGACUGUGAUGUACCAAGUGAGAUGGCGACAGAAUCAUUAGACCCUGCACCAGUAAAAGAUUCUGCUCCAACCUUAUCCCCUGCCCCCACAAAGGACUCAGCUCCUGUAGCAGCUGCCUUCUCAUCUCCUCCCACGCUGUCCUUACCUCUGCCUUUGCCAAGAGUUGGGCAUGGGGAUAAAGACAGAGCUCCAGUUCCGCAGGCAGUUGUCAAACCUCAAGUUCUCACCCACCUCAUAGAGGGCUUUGUUAUCCAGGAGGGAGCUGAACCCUUCCCUGUUGCUGGACUCCUCAAAGACAGAGAUUUUGCCCUGGCUGGCCGCUCAGAAAACGGACCUCCAUUGUUGAAGUGUGAAUACUGUGGAAACCUGGCACCAGCCAGCCAGUUCAGAGGCUCAAAGAGGUUCUGUUCAAAUACUUGUGCUAAGAGGUACAAUGUGAGCUGCAGCCAACACUUCAAGACAAGCCGGGUCCGAAGUGGAGCAGGAUUGGCCUCCCCUCCUGCACCGUCUGAGAGCAUGGCAAAGCGCAGGGGCCCCUCCCGCAGGAGCAGUUCUAAUAUCACCUCUAAUAAAAUGUCAAACAGGCAUCUAGCUGUCAAGUGUCAUUCUGAGUCCAGUCGCUCAGAGGACGUGUCCAGCGAUGGGGAGGAAGAAGAGGAGGAUGAUUCUCCUUCACUUUCUCCAACCUCCUCACGCUCCUGCUCCAGAGCGGACCACAGCGCCCCUCAGUCUGACAGUUCAGCUCCUGGUAGCCUUCCACUGGAGGGCGCCAACUUUCUCUCAUCAACUCCUGCUCAAUGGGGAGUUGAAGAAGUCUGCAGGUUCAUCUCUUCACUUCAAGGUUGUGAAGAGCUGGCCGCCCAGUUUCUGUCCCAGGAAAUAGACGGGCAGGCCCUCAUGCUUCUGCGAGAGGACCAUCUCAUCUCCACCAUGAACAUCAAGCUGGGCCCCGCUCUCAAGAUCUGUGCCUCCAUCAACAGCCUGCGUGAGUGAAGAGGUCGGUGCUAAAGACGGGAUCAAUACCGGGACUUGCUCCUUUUGUUAAUGACAAGUUAUAAACCUAAGACUGAGAUCAUUACGAAACAAUGGUGCUCCAUUGACUGUUGGCCGAUAUGGAAACGGACCGUUAACCCUUUGGACCUUGAAUGUGUAAAAACUGUGUGCAUGAAUAUAUGUGUGUAUGUGUGGGUGGUGAGAAAGGACAUUCUGAAACAGCCAUGUCUGUCUGUCGGUCACUUUUUGUCUGUUACCGUGUGUAAAGACCUUUUGUAUGUAAACUAUACACCAGCCUGCAGUUAUCUGUGCUCGGUCUUUUAGCUAGAACAGCUCACCUGUUGGGUUAAAAAAAGACACGUUGCCUUCUUGCUGUAUUUCAAACUUUAACUUUAACUUUAGUAGUUUGAUUUCUGAUGUCAGCAACAACCACUUCAUUUAAACGUUUCUGUCUGUGAGUUUUCUUUUUUUUUUAACCAUAGAUGUUUAACCUAGGCUCAAAUCUCAUCGAGCGAAGGACACUCAAACAGCCUAGUAUCUUAAUUAGUUCACUUUAUUAGUUAUUCAAAGUUUAGUUUUGUAUCUUUUCCAUUUUGUAUUACAAUCAAAAUUAUUUUUUCAUGGAUAUAAUAGUUUUAGUAGCUUUAUCAACCUAACUACCUGAAAAUAGGUAUUCUUCACCGUUUGCCCUCUAGUGGGCGAAGUGGAAGUGCUCUUUGUACAUGUAUGCAAUAAUGCCAAUAAAACAGUUCUUGUUACUGGA